UGUUGAUCCUUUGUGUUGUUUGUGCAUGCAGCGUAUAUCUUUUGAGUAAGUGAGCCUCAAUUUCAUGCAUUUCUAUAAUUCAUUUUCCUUCUAUAGUUGUUUUGUAGUACCAUUUUAUUUUGUUGUGAAUGAUGUUAAUCAAGGCACCAAGCUUGCUUUCAUUUUCUAUUUGAUCAAGUGUUGCACAUUUCUCUAAUUCAUUCCAUUUCUUACUAGAUCAUCACAUACAUUGUAAUCCAAGGUAUGAUUGGUUGCCUUCGAUUUUAUAUAGAAAUUUAUUUUAUCUGUCACACAUGAAAUAUUUGUCGGCGAUUGAUUAUUUUUCAGGUUAACUGCUUUGCAUGAUAAAUACUCACUCAACUCAAUGCUAUUGGAUAUCUUUGCAGAUUUUUUGGUCAACAAAACUAAGAAGCUAAUAUGUUUGAAAAUAUCAUGAAAGAUGUCGAGAGUGAAAAAAAGAAGUUGAUUUUAAAUCGAGAUAUUGUGCAGGAAAAACUUGGAGCAACUCCUAAAACUGAAAAGGUCAACAAUGCUGUUUUUGAGUGGCUAAAAGAAAGUGAAAAACUCGUAGAAGAGGAGGAGAUUCUCAAAGAAAUAACAGAACUAGAGAUUCUCAAUUAUGAUUGUUCAUUUGCAUGGAUACAGUGGUUAUUGUGUGCUGAUCAUAAGAUGAGAAAUAGGAGGUACAGAGAAAUACUAGAUAGAUUAAAGGCACUGAAUAGCAAGUGUGAAUUUGAGCCAUUUUCCACAACAAUUCCACCUCUAGAGUACUUCUCUUCUGGAUAUUUUGUGCCUUUUAAGUCAAUAAAAGAGGCUUCAGAUAGACUUUUAGCGGCAUUACAGGAUAGUAAUUGUUCUACGAUUGGAUUGUAUGGAAAAAGGGGCUCUGGUAAAACAAAACUGGUGAAAACAGUUGGUGAGAAAGCGAAGUAUUUAAAUAUUUUUGAUGAAGUUGCAUUUGCUACCGUGUCCGAAAACCCAAAUGUUAGAAGGAUUCAAGAUGAAAUUGCCGACUCUUUGAACCUGAAAUUCACUAGAAAUACUCAAGCUGGAAGGGCAAGAACAAUAUCUUCAGAAUUAAAAAGUAAGGAUCGAGUUCUUGUGAUAUUGGAUGAUGUUCAAGCAAGGAUUGAACUAGAGGAUAUAAUAGGUAUUCCUGGUGAUGAUACGAAAGGUUUCAAGGUGCUUCUGACCACACGCCGUCAAAGAGAAUGUGCUUUGAUGGAUUGUAAAGAAGAGUUUUCACUAGGUCCCUUAUCCGACGAUGAAGCUUGGACUUUGCUCAAAAAACAUUCAGGCAUAGGAGAUGGGACAUCAUCUGACAUAUUAAACGUGGCACGUCAAGUUGCUUUGGAAUGUGAAGGGUUACCCGGUACAAUUAAAGAAGUCGGAUCUUCCUUAAAAAGUAAACAUAUUAAGGAGUGGAAAGCAUCAUUAGACAAUUUGAGACAUUCAAUGGCCCGAUGGCAGAUUUUUAUCAGUUUUAGAGGAGAAGAUACUCGCUUCUCUUUUACAGGUUUUCUCUAUGAAGCUCUACUUCGAGAAGGAUUCAAGAUAUUUAUGGAUGAUGGUGGAGGAUUGGAUACUGGUGACCAAAUUUCACCCUCUCUUAUUAAUGCAAUUGAAGCAUCAAGGCUUUCGAUCGUUGUUUUAUCUGAAAACUACGCUAGUUCCUCUUGGUGUCUUGACGAGCUUGCUAAGAUUCUUGAGUGUAAGGAAAAGAAGAAUCAAAUUGUUUGGCCUAUCUUUUACAAAGUGGAUCCGUCACAUAUAAGGCAUCUGAGAAAUGGUUAUGGCAAUGCCAUGACUGAACAUGAAAACGUUUUUGGAAAUGAGCCUGAGAGAUUACAGAAAUGGAGAUUGGCUUUGUUUGAAGUCGCUGGUAUGUCUGGAAAGCCUUAUGAAACCAAUACCGGGUACGAAUAUAAAUUUAUCCAAAAGAUUGUGGAACAUGCCAAAAAUAUUAGAAGUCGAUUGUAUAUACGAAGCAUGGACAUGGAUUAGUAGGAUGCUUACAUUUCCUCUUACUAGUGCUACACUAGACAAAAGUGAUGGCCAUGCAACAUCUAGUUGUUUAAAUAUGAAUGAAUUACGAUUGUAAUAUACACAUUCAAUAAUAAUUUGUUUUUGAAUAUGCAUGAUUCCUAGAGGUUACGGAAGACCUGCUAUUAAUUUUACAAUUGACAAAUAUGGUGUCAUUAACUUGGUAUCUUAUACUUGGAUGUUGCUAAUGUAAAUCUUCGAUUUAAGCUCUGACGAUAUUUUGUCUUACCAUGAAUUUUGUGACGCUGUGACACACUCUCAAUGGUUUUUUGUGAAGAAGUUUCAAAAUAAAGUUGAGAUUCUGCAGUUUGAGAGAGAAAAACACAAAGGUUGAAAAUUUUAAAUAAGAAUUCCAUGAUAU